GCUCGCGUGCUACACAUCCGGGCCUCUGCUACUAGUGAGGGGAAGAUGGCGGCCGCAACCGUGGUGGUUCCUGUAGAGUGGAUAAAGAACUGGGAGAAAUCAGGGAGAGGCGAAUUUUUACAUUUAUGCCGGAUCCUCAGUGAAAAUAAAAGCCAUGAUAGUUCAACUUACAGAGAUUUCCAGCAAGCUCUUUAUGAAUUAUCAUACCAUGUCAUUAAAGGAAAUCUAAAGCAUGAACAGGCAUCUAAUGUUCUUAGUGACAUUAGUGAAUUUCGUGAGGAUAUGCCCUCCAUUCUUGCUGAUGUAUUCUGCAUAUUAGAUAUUGAGACAAAUUGUUUAGAAGAAAAAAGCAAGAGAGACUAUUUUACGCAAUUGGUAUUAGCAUGUUUGUAUUUAGUUUCAGACACAGUUCUAAAGGAACGCUUGGAUCCAGAAACAUUGGAAUCAUUAGGGCUUAUCAAACAAUCACAGCAAUUCAAUCAAAAGUCAGUUAAAAUCAAGACAAAACUCUUUUAUAAGCAGCAAAAAUUUAAUUUGUUAAGAGAAGAAAAUGAAGGUUAUGCCAAGCUGAUUGCUGAAUUGGGGCAAGAUUUAUCUGGAAAUAUUACUAGUGAUUUAAUCUUAGAAAAUAUCAAAUCUUUAAUAGGAUGCUUUAAUCUGGAUCCCAAUAGAGUUCUGGAUGUCAUUUUAGAAGUGUUUGAAUGCAGGCCAGAACACGAUGACUUCUUUAUAUCUUUAUUAGAAUCUUACAUGAGUAUGUGUGAACCGCAAACACUGUGUCAUAUUCUUGGGUUCAAAUUCAAGUUUUAUCAGGAACCAAAUGGAGAGACUCCUUCAUCUUUAUACAGAGUUGCAGCAGUACUUCUACAAUUUAACCUUAUUGAUUUAGAUGAUCUUUAUGUACAUCUUCUUCCAGCUGAUAAUUGCAUUAUGGAUGAACACAAACGAGAAAUAGUAGAAGCUAAGCAGAUCGUUAGGAAACUUACAAUGGUUGUAUUGUCUUCUGAUAAAAUUGACGAGCGAGAGAAAGAAAAGGAAAAAGAAGAGGAGAAAGUGGAGAAGCCACCUGACAACCAAAAACUUGGUUUGUUGGAAGCCUUGUUAAAGAUUGGUGAUUGGCAGCAUGCACAGAGCAUUAUGGAUCAGAUGCCUCCAUACUAUGCAGCUUCACAUAAACUAAUAGCCCUUGCAAUUUGCAAGCUGAUUCAUAUAACUAUUGAGCCUCUCUAUCGAAGAGUUGGCGUUCCUAAAGGUGCUAAAGGCUCACCUGUUAGUGCUUUGCAAAAUAAGAGAGCACCAAAACAAGCAGAGAGCUUUGAAGAUUUGAGGAGAGACGUCUUCAAUAUGUUCUGUUACCUUGGUCCCCACCUUUCUCACGAUCCCAUUUUAUUUGCAAAAGUGGUGCGGAUAGGCAAGUCAUUUAUGAAGGAGUUUCAGUCUGAUGGAAGCAAACAAGAAGAUAAAGAGAAAACGGAAGUUAUCCUUAGCUGUUUGCUUAGCAUUACUGACCAGGUAUUACUUCCAUCUCUUUCUUUGAUGGACUGCAAUGCUUGUAUGUCUGAGGAACUAUGGGGAAUGUUUAAAACAUUUCCAUAUCAGCAUAGAUAUCGUCUGUAUGGCCAGUGGAAGAAUGAAACUUACAACAGUCAUCCACUUUUAGUAAAAGUUAAAGCUCAAACAAUAGACAGAGCCAAAUAUAUCAUGAAGCGUCUAACCAAGGAAAAUGUGAAGCCUUCUGGAAGACAAAUUGGGAAGUUGAGCCACAGCAAUCCAACCAUUUUGUUUGAUUAUGUAUGUUUUGAGAUCUUGUCACAAAUACAGAAGUAUGAUAACUUGAUAACACCUGUAGUAGAUUCAUUGAAAUACCUCACUUCGUUGAAUUAUGACGUCUUGGCCUAUUGUAUCAUUGAAGCUUUAGCUAAUCCAGAAAAGGAGAAGAUGAAACAUGAUGACACAACUAUCUCAAGUUGGCUUCAGAGUCUGGCUAGUUUCUGUGGUGCAGUUUUUCGUAAAUAUCCAAUUGAUCUUGCUGGUCUUCUUCAGUAUGUGGCUAAUCAGCUAAAGGCAGGCAAAAGUUUUGACCUGCUUAUACUGAAAGAAGUGGUACAAAAAAUGGCAGGAAUAGAAAUUACAGAAGAAAUGACAAUGGAGCAACUAGAAGCCAUGACUGGUGGAGAGCAACUAAAAGCUGAGGGUGGUUAUUUUGGUCAGAUAAGAAACACGAAAAAAUCCUCCCAGAGAUUAAAGGAUGCACUAUUAGACCAUGAUCUUGCUCUUCCUCUCUGCUUGCUUAUGGCUCAGCAGAGGAAUGGGGUAAUCUUUCAGGAAGGUGGAGAGAAACAUUUGAAACUUGUGGGAAAACUCUAUGAUCAGUGUCAUGAUACCCUGGUACAGUUUGGUGGGUUUUUAGCAUCUAAUCUAAGCACAGAAGAUUAUAUAAAGCGAGUGCCUUCAAUUGAUGUGCUCUGUAAUGAAUUUCACACACCUCAUGAUGCAGCAUUUUUCCUGUCUAGGCCAAUGUAUGCACACCAUAUUUCGUCAAAGUAUGACGAACUUAAAAAAUCAGAGAAGGGAAGUAAACAGCAGCAUAAAGUUCAUAAGUACAUCACAUCAUGUGAAAUGGUGAUGGCUCCUGUUCAUGAAGCAGUGGUUUCCUUACAUGUUUCCAAAGUCUGGGAUGACAUCAGUCCUCAAUUCUAUGCCACGUUCUGGUCAUUGACAAUGUAUGACCUUGCAGUUCCACAUACCAGCUAUGAACGGGAAGUCAAUAAACUUAAAAUCCAGAUGAAAGCAAUUGAUGACAAUCAGGAAAUGCCUCCAAAUAAAAAGAAAAAAGAGAAGGAGCGAUGUACUGCCCUUCAAGACAAGCUUCUCGAAGAAGAAAAGAAACAGAUGGAACAUGUACAGCGAGUUCUGCAGAGACUGAAACUGGAAAAGGACAACUGGCUUUUAGCAAAAUCUACCAAAAAUGAGACCAUCACAAAAUUUCUACAGCUGUGUAUAUUUCCUCGAUGUAUUUUUUCAGCAAUUGAUGCUGUUUACUGUGCUCGUUUUGUUGAAUUGGUACAUCAACAGAAAACUCCAAAUUUUUCCACACUUCUUUGCUAUGAUCGAGUUUUCUCUGAUAUAAUUUACACAGUUGCAAGCUGUACUGAAAAUGAAGCUAGUCGAUAUGGGAGAUUCCUUUGCUGCAUGUUAGAGACUGUGACCAGGUGGCACAGUGAUAGAGCCACAUAUGAAAAGGAAUGUGGAAAUUAUCCAGGAUUCCUUACUAUAUUACGAGCAACUGGAUUUGAUGGUGGAAAUAAAGCUGAUCAAUUAGACUAUGAAAAUUUUCGACAUGUUGUACACAAAUGGCAUUACAAACUAACCAAGGCAUCGGUACAUUGCCUUGAAACAGGCGAAUAUACUCACAUCAGGAAUAUCUUGAUUGUGCUAACAAAAAUACUUCCUUGGUACCCAAAAGUUUUGAAUCUGGGUCAGGCUUUGGAAAGAAGAGUGCAUAAAAUCUGCCAAGAGGAAAAAGAGAAGAGGCCAGAUCUAUAUGCAUUGGCUAUGGGCUACUCUGGGCAGUUGAAAAGUAGAAAGUCAUACAUGAUACCUGAAAAUGAGUUUCAUCACAAAGACCCCCCUCCGAGGAAUGCAGUUGCCAGUGUACAAAAUGGGCCUGGUGGUGGGCCUUCUUCAUCGUCGAUCGGAAGUGUGUCUAAGUCAGACGAAAGCAGUACCGAGGACACUGAUAAAUCAAGGGAGAGAUCUCAGUGUGGUGUGAAAGCUGUUAAUAAAGCCUCUAGUGCCACACCAAAAGGGAAUUCAAGUAAUGGAAAUAGUGGCUCUAACAGCAGCAAAACUGUUAAAGAAAAUGACAAAGAGAAAGGAAAAGAGAAAGAAAAAGAGAAAAAAGAAAAGACUCCAGCUACUACUCCAGAGGCCCGAGUACUUGGUAAAGAUGGUAAAGAAAAACCAAAGGAAGAACGGCCAAAUAAAGAUGAAAAAGCAAGAGAGACGAAGGAAAGAACACCUAAAUCUGACAAAGAGAAAGAAAAAUUCAAGAAGGAAGAAAAAGCUAAAGAUGAGAAAUUCAAGACCACUGUCCCGAAUGUAGAAUCAAAGUCAACUCAAGAAAAGGAAAGAGAGAAGGAGCCGUCCAGAGAACGAGAUAUAGCAAAGGAAAUGAAAUCAAAGGAAAAUGUUAAAGGAGGAGAGAAAACACCAGUUUCUGGGUCCUUGAAGUCACCUGUUCCCCGAUCAGAUAUUACAGAACCUGAAAGGGAACAGAAACGUCGCAAAAUUGAUACCCAUCCUUCUCCAUCACAUUCCUCCACAGUAAAGAUGGUUUAUUUCCAGGUUACAGCCAUACUUCCCAAAGUUCCUCUGGGUUCUGAGAACUAUGCCAGCUCACCUGUCAUCUCCAUUCAUUUUCUACAGGACAGUCUCAUCGAACUCAAGGAGUCUUCAGCAAAGAUAACCCAGAAGACCAAAAGAUAUAUCUGAUGCAUUCAUAUAACUCUUCUAAAAACCGAGUCCAUCUCAACCCAUAAACGUCAACCCAUUUUAUGUCACUUCUGCCAAGCUACCUUUUUGGUAGUUGUGGCAUAUUAUCAAAAAAUAUGGUUAAUGUAAGCUAAUCAUUCUCUUGGAGGGGAACAUUCAACUCAAUGGUUGUGUUUACAUGUCAGUAUUAAUUCUUGCCUAUUCUUGAGUAUUCUGCUACUAAAAAUAAUGUGCAGUUUGUGUAUCUUAUUACAGAGUUCAUUCAUUUCAUGAUUAUAGUUGAAUUGUCCAAUGUUCAUGUUAUUUUGUCUUUAUUAUUAUAAAAUUUGUACCCUGUUUCACUUUGAUUUUCUACUUUGCCUCCUCUUAUAUCUGCUAAGUAUGAUUCCUUACUGGUGGACCAGUAAAAAAAUGAUAUCUUGGAACAAAGCCAGUUGACAGUACUAACCACUUUUAGAACUAUAGCUUUAAAUUGAAAUGUCUGUGGAUAUUGGGCAAGUAAGCACUAAUUUUUAACAGCUUAGAUUAGCCAAUAUGCCUGUCCUGAAAUUGUAGCAUUGUUUUUAGAAUAUACUGUAUUAAUCAAGUGUGAAUGGUUUCUUUUAAAGUAAAAUUUUUGCUAUAUUGAUUAUGUAUUCCAGUAUAGUAGAUUUUUAUAACAGAGUGGGAUUGUGUAUGUAUGUCAGUCUUAACCAUCAGUGGCUUGUGUGGGCUAUUUUAAAUUCAUGGGUUUACAAUGUUACCUUGUGAAUAUUUCCUGGAACAUAUUUUGAAGCAGUUGGAAACCUGCUGUUAUACUUAACUGGAUUUUUUAAUCAAUGAUGAAGAUUAUGGUUCCUUGCAUUUUGUGAAAGCCUUUUAAAAAUAAAACAUAUGAGAUAAGCAUAUGUUAUCUCAUUUCAUACUCAUCAUAGAUGUUGUGAGGCAGGUAGGGCAAGUAGCAGUGUCUUUUUUUAAACAAAUAACAGCCUAAAGUUUCUGAUCUUUUCCCAGUGGCAUAUAACUUGUUAGUACCAGAACUUGUACUAAAAUUAAGGUUCCUCAAGUAUUCUUACCACCAUGAAAAUAAAGUUGCAAAAAAAUAGUUCUUUGAUUCCUAGCACCCAUAUUUCAAUAGCAGUUGAGAACGUUCUUAACUUCUUUUGUGUGUUUGUCUUAUUUUUUAAAUUACAGUGAUUCAAGGGUGAUCCCGUUCCCCUUAAAAAAAAAUAUAGUGAUUUUGUGGGCAUUUAAAACUCAAUAGAUUUAUUCCAUAUUCAGUCAGAACACUUAGAAAUGGCAUAUGGAUACACUUGUAAAAAUUGUGACUCAUACCACUUUUCAGAUCCUUAGUGCCUGACAGUAUGAUUAGAUGUUCAGUAAAUAUUUAAAAUGAACUUCUAUGCCUUUGGACUUGUUAAAGCAUCCAGAGUUCACUAGUCUGAAUAGUAGUUGAUGUUGCUUUUUGUGUGUCUAGGAAAGUUUACUAGCAUAUGAAUGUCUUAGAAAGUUUUUUUUUCUGGAUUUUGAGUGCUUUCUAAUAUGAAUGAUCUAUAAAUAAACUCACUGUUUCUGUGGUAGCUUUUACUUUUUAGAGGAUUUGAAAUGUAUGUGUCCAUAUUUUCAGGUCACUUUGUUAUUGUACAUGUAAAAAUGUUUCCCUGCUUCAGUUUGAUCUUUUAGUUAUACUUUGUCCAGGAUCCUCUUUUUUUAAAAAUAAUUAAAUAGUUGCUAUUUUCAUUUUUUAAUCCAUAGUGGAAGUAAUACAUGAACUUGGCUUUUCAAGAUGAGUUAGUAUCCAAAUCUUUUCUGUCAGUUCACCUUCUACCCCAGUUUCCAGUUGGCAUGUUUCUAGUUUUGGUCCAUUGUGUUUUUAUUUAGCAAUCUUAGCACUUACAUUGGAUAAAGUAUGCAUAGCAGGCUCCUUUAAACCAAGCUUCUCUGUAAUUUCAGAGGGGGGCAAUAACCCCCCUCAAAAAAUAAACUUCAGCUUUUAAUUCUGUUCAUCAUCUUAAAACAAGGGUCUACAACCAAACCUGAGCCUACAUGUCAGGCCAUCUUCAUAUGUAUUGAGUACUCACUGUGUGUACAAGGCACUGGGAAGUAUGUAAAAGUAGAAAAAGGGAAAUUAGCUUCCCUGCCGUCCUGUAAACUGUGUUAUGGACAAAAGUAAAUGACAUGAUAUUAAUUGGGAAUACGUGUCACCAAAAAGGCUAAUAUAAGUUCACUGGACAGUGAUUUGUGGAGUUGAGGGAAUGUUGAACUGCUGAUGGCUUUUGAAGUCAAAGUAGGAGUUUAAGAGAUUAAGAUAAAAAUGAACACCUGUUCCAGUGAAGAGACCUGCUGGGAAGUACAGAGUGUUAGGGAGCAGCAGCAGCCACAGCCUAGGGUACGUUGGAUUACUCCAUAGUAGAAUAGAAUUGUGCAAAGAUUGUGAAGAGCUUGGAAUACUCAAGCUAAGGAAUAUGCAUUUUAUUCUGUAGGCAAUGAGAGACUGUUUUUGUAGAAAAGAGUGUUGUCAUCAGAACUAUUCUUAGAAGGAUAGAAAGAAGGAAUAGAACUGGUAUAUUUCUAAACUAAGAAUUUUUAGGUUUCCCAGUUCCUUGCAAUACAGAAUUCAAGUUAGGUGCACUUCAUUCUUGUGGAGGAGUGUGCAUGUGUGCAUGCACGCACAUACUUACUGAUAAUCACAAACGGAAAUUUUACUGGGAGAAUUAAGCAGUACUACACUAAGAGUAUUGCAAUAACAUCGCUUUCUUUGUCUUGUCAGUUUCAUGAGUAAUAUUGAUUUCAGGUGUGAAUAAACUCCUCAGUUAGAAAAUCUUAGUGUCAUUUAGGGCAUGUACCUGGCAAGAGUACCUUUUGGACAAGCACUUUUAUGAUUGUUUCUCAUUCUCUUGCUCUUUGUUAUUAAUAAACAUUUUGUCUAUUUCAGUUGACCAUCAACUUUUAUACAUUGAAUUUUUAAAGAAUCUACUUAUGCAUUGCUAUGGCAGUAUUUCUGAGCAAACUGAAUUGAAAAUAUUUGGUGGUGUUAAAAAACAAGUGUUAAUUCUCAAACUGAUGGCUGUCUUUUUUUGUGUAUUCCUUUGAAUACCAAAGGAUUUGUUUGUGUAAAAAUAUUUGACUUUUGACUCACUGUUCUUUUCAUUCUCAAGGUAUAUCUAGAAUUGUGUAGUUAUGUAAUGAGUUAUGUUCAGUAUCCUGCCUAAUACUUUUUAAUGUCUUAAGUUAAAUGUAACCUUAUAGCACAGUUAUAAAUGCUGCAAGGUUAGGUGUCUGAUUAUUUCCUUAAUAUUUUCUUUCCUAAUGGAUUUCCAUAUUUACAACUUGUAUAAGUAAGAUUACCUCUUCUUUAGAAUUAGCACAUCCUUGAUCUUUGGCUAUUUUAUGGCCUAUGGGCCUUUCAUUGGAGAAAGAAUAGGCAAAAGAGAACAUUGGUUCAUCAUUUUUCAGUCUGUUUCAUCAACCUCAAUGGGCAAUAUGGCUUUCUGAGCUUUUUAGAACCAGUAAGACAAAUUUUGAGCUUCCCUGGUGGCUCAAAUGGUAAAGAAUCCACCUGCAAUGUGGGAGACCUGGGUUCAAUCCCUGGCUCAGGAACAUCCCCUGGAGGAGGGCAUGGCAACCCACUCCAGUAUUCUUGCCUGGAGAAUCCCAUGGACAGAAGAGCUUGGGGGACUACAGCCCAUGGGGUCUCAAAAGAGUCGGAGACGGCUGAACGACUAAACACAGCUCAGCGCAAGACAAAUUUUACAAUCAAUUGUGAUUACUUGACAGAAACUGGAGUGCUUUCAGAAGUAGAGAAUAUGCAGCCUUUACUAUAACGGUGAUUAAGGAAUAAUCUAUUUAUGAUUUAUACUGAGGCAGAAAAGACUUAUUAGUAAAGUCAUGGCUAGGUUUUACAUUAUUCUUUCCUCACUGUCAUCAGUUGCUUAUCAGUGAAUGGUAAAACUUUUUAAAAUUUCCGUGAUUGUGUAGAGUUUUGUUUUUUUUUUUUAUGGUAGAGAAAGUCCAGUAACUAUUUUUCACACAUGAACUCUUGUAAUGAUGGUGGCUAUAGGUCUUCACAGUAGAACUAUAUAAGAACCUGUAGCUUGUGAAUUUACUAAUAAAAAUCUCAGUUGAGGGAGGAGUGAACUCGUUGAGUUUAAAUGAUAAACAUUUACAAGGUCAAGAAUUGAAGUCUUUGCAUAAUUUGUGCCAUGCCCUUUUAUUUUAACCUCUCAUAGUCCAUACAGCUGACCAGUUUUGACUUUGGGUCUACUACCAAAUGUCUUUCAUUAAAUAAACAAUCGAGCAAAUGAUGUCAAUACUGGAAAACUAAUAAUCUUUAGUAAUAUUGCCUUAAU